AUGGGUAAUCCGGUGCACUCCUGGGAAUAUUGUGUUGCUGCAGAAAUAUGCGCGGAGGAAUACGGACACUCGCUUUGCAAUCCUAUAGAGCGCUUUGACAUCUCGAAAGCCAAGUAUUUUAGUAGCGAGUUAGCAGCGUUUGCUCCCGUCACGAAAAAGUUUAAAAGGAUUGUAAUAGACAUCCAUAAUCAUUAUCGCAAUUUGAUAGCUGGCGGUGGCGAGCAAAAUGUGAAAAAUGGCGGAAAAUUCCCGAUAGCAUCACGAAUGCGCGCAUUAAUCUGGGAUGACGAACUAGAGUACAAUGCAAAAUUACACCUACAAGCGGCGAAACGAAUGGUUCAUGAUAAUUGUCGUGCCACCAAACGGUAUCCAUUGGCCGGACAAAAUUUGGGUGGUACGGCAGUGCAAGGUAGAGAGAAGGUAUUUCAGACUAUGCUGGAACAUUUUCGGAAGAUGUUUGACGAGAAGGACGACGUGGCAGAUCCUGAAAAGCUUCCAGAAAUGUUAUUGAGCGAGCAUUUGGGAAAGUCUGGCCAUUUUACGCAAUUGGUAGGCGACCGAAAUUCGCGUGUGGGUUGCGUCUUUGCUUUAGGUUUAAACUGCACUGCAAGUCUAGCACCCGGAGCGGAAGUAUAUAAAUUUUGCUAUUAUACCGCUUGUCAUUAUGAUUUUUCAAAUCUAACCAAGUGGCGGCUUUACAAAACGCAUUUGACAACACCUGGUGCUGAUUGCGGCGAAUGGCACGUGGGUAUGAACAAGGAUCCUAGAUAUCCCAAUCUCUGCGAACCAACUAUCGAAUUAUUUGAUUAUACCGAUUCAAAAGGCUGA